AUGGGCCUUCUCUCCAGAACCAACCACUUUGAUGUUGAUGGACGGACGGUGGUCAUCACGGGCGGCUCUCAAGGCAUGGGAAGAGGUUUGGCAAAAUUGUUGGCUCAGAAGGGCGCCAAUGUUGUGAUCGUUGCGCGAACCCAGAAGAAACUCGACGAUGCUUUGAAAUAUAUCUCGGCAGCCGCGAAGAACCCACAACACCAGCGAUUCCUUACAAUCAGCGCAGACGUGACCAAACCCGAGGAGAACACCCGGAUCAUCAACGAGGUCACUGUAUGGAACCAUGGCAAUCCUCCGGACGUUGUCUGGGCCAAUGCUGGGAUGAGUGAGCCCCGACUCUUCCUAGACACCCCCGUGGCAAUUCUCAGGUCGCAAAUGGAUGUCAACUACUUUGCAGCGGCGUAUCUGGCCCAAUCGACUCUGAAAGCCUGGAUCAAGCCCAAUACGACCAAAACUUCGAGCAGUACAAAGCCGCGCCAUUUCAUCGUAACAUCAAGCACAGUAUGCUUUGUUGGAGUGGCAGGCUACGCGCCUUAUGCACCUCCCAAAUCUGCGAUGCGCUCUCUUGCGGAUACUCUGCGCUCUGAAGUGAAUCUCUACAACGGAGCGAGAAGGAAAGACCCAGUAAAUGGCCCGCCAGCAGACAUCAAGAUUCACUGCGUUUGUCCUGGUACCWUCACAUCGCCUGGCCAUGAGAACGAGGAGAAAACCAAACACGAAGUCACCAAGAUCCUCGAAAAGGACGACCCUGCCCAGAAUGAGGACGAGGUGGCCAAAGCUGCUAUUAGUGGACUUGAAAGUGGUGGCUAUCUGAUAACCACCCAGCUGCUGGGACAUGCAAUGAGAGCAAGUGCACUCGGUGGUAGCCCCAGAAAUAACUGGUUCGUCGAUACCGUCUUCUCUUGGAUCACUGCUAUCGCAUGGCUCUUCAUCGGUCCGGACUUGGAGGGAAAAGUGUUCAGCUAUGGCAAGAAACAUGGUGCCCCGACUCCAACGUCUUGA